AUGGAGCUGAGACCUGACGGAAGUUUGGAGGAUCUGUGUCCGGUCUGUGGAGACAAAGUCUCGGGGUAUCACUACGGUCUGCUCACUUGUGAGAGCUGUAAGGGUUUCUUUAAAAGAACAGUUCAGAACAACAAGACGUACGUCUGUGCAGAGUAUCAGGAGUGCAGGAUCGAUAAGACCCAGAGGAGACGUUGUCCGUUCUGCAGAUUUCAGAAGUGUCUCCAUGUUGGGAUGAGACUGGAAGCUGUUCGUGCAGAUCGGAUGCGAGGCGGCAGAAACAAAUUUGGUCCAAUGUACAAACAAGACCGAGCUCUGAAGCAGCAGAGGAAGGCCCUGAGCCAGGGUGAGGGGUUCAUAUCGGAGACCGCCCCCCCUCUGGACCUGCACAGAAACUGGACCCUCACUGAAGGCCUCCACCCCCUGCCCACAUUACAGCAUCAUUACAUCAGCCUGCAUCCUCCGUCACUGAGCCCCCUCCUGCCCCCCAUCUCUCCAGCCACCCCCCAGAACCACAGAACCCCCUCUCCAACCUGGACCCUUAAGUCUGAGCCCCCCAGCACCAGCACACGGGGCUCAGACCAGCUGUACCCUUGCUAUCCCCGGACCCCUCAGCUGGUAAUGGAGCUCCUGCGGGGGGGUCCAGACGAGCUCCAGCUGCAGGAGAAGAUCUCAGCCCGCCUCCUGCAGGAGCAGGCGGGCGGGGGGGAGCAGUGGACCCCCAACACCUUCAGCCUGAUGAGCAUCAUGGCCGACCAGACGCUGCUGUGCACGGUGGAGUGGGCGCGCACCUCCACCUUCUUCAGACAGCUCAGAGUGAGCGAUCAGAUGAAGUUGCUGCACAGCUGCUGGACUGAGCUGCUUCUGCUGGACAUGGUCUGCAGACAGAUCCUGUACGGCAGAGAGGGACGCCUGCUGCUGGUGACCGGACAGGAGAUCGAGUUGUCAGAUGUCUCCUCUCAUGCUGGUCCCACCCUGACUGGUCUGGUCCACAGAGGACAGGAGCUGGUCAGGAGACUUCACAUCAUGCAGGUGGACCGUGAGGAGUUAGUCUGCAUCAAGUUCCUGGUCCUCUUUAACCCAGACGUUCCCCAGCUGGAGGAUCAUCAGUUGGUGUUGAGCAUGCAGGAGCAGGUGGAAGGAGCUCUGCUGGAGUACACACUGAGCUCGUCCUCGUCCUCUCUGCUGCUGGGACGUUUGUCUCACCUGCUGCUGUGUGUGACAGAGUUACGCUCGCUCAGCGCCCUCGUCGAAGAUUACCUGCACGACAAACACCUGAGCGGAGAGCUGUGCGGUAACAACCUGCUGCUGGAGAUGCUGCACGCCAAACACCACCAGAGAUGAACUCAGUUUAUAUCUGAACCAUGCAGCUCGGACUGGACUGUUUCAUUAAUACUCUCCACCAAUAAUCCCAAACAGACUCCUGCACGCCAUCUGAGCAAUGUUAAUAAAGUGUUUCUGACAGUUAGAUGGCGUGCAGGAGUUUACCUGCAGAUUUUAAGUACUUUAAAU